AUCAGCACACAUCGACCGAACUUCUAUAUUGCGGUAUGGCGCACAGCAUGCUUCCCUCGUUUCCUUUCUUCGACGCGCGUGCCACUGACGCCAAUAACGUCGGCACCGAAUGGUUGAAGUGGGUGAAACGCUUCGAAAACUUCAUCGUAGCCUGCGGCAUCACAGCCGACGCCCGGAAGACGGCCCUACUACUACACUACGUUGGUGAAGAAGUUUAUGACAUUUACUGUUCGCUACCUGAUUCUCCCGCAGCCGCAACUGCGUCUACCGUUUCAAGCACCGAUGGCUCCAGCAACGCAACGCCUCUCUACACCGCAGCACGCAAGAAGCUCGAUGGCUAUUUUGCACCCCGAGUGAACCCUACCUUCGAGAUUUACCGCUUCCGUCAAGCCAAGCAAAUGGAAAACGAAUCACUCGACGCGUUCUACGCCAGACUACGACAGCUAGUUAAGCACUGUGCUUUCGCCGAUGCCGACACCGAAAUCAAGAAUCAAAUCCUCCUGUCUACAGUGUCAACACGUCUACGCCGGUAUGCCAUGCAGCAUGACCUCGACUUGCAAGAAAUUCUCAAACAAGGCAGGUUGUUUGAAGAGGUCGAGCACAACAUCUCUGUGAUCGAGCAAGAACGUCAACAGUACAAAGAAAACUCGGCGUCAGCGUCUACACUUGCAGUGAACUCCAAGCGCACCUCGCGACCUCAUCAACCGAAGUACCACGGGAAAGCGCCAUCACGGCCUCGCGAGCCUCCGCGCCAUCAAAGGACAGACGCAACAUGCUACAACUGUGGAAAAUCAUGGCCUCAUAGUGAGGGACGCUCCAGUUGCCCCGCUCUUGGCAAACAGUGUAAUGCUUGUCGCAAAACUGGACACUUUGCUAGUGUGUGUCGUUCAACACGCAAAACCGUGCAUGCAGUCGUGCGGGAAAGCAGCCCUGACAGUGAUGAACACGUCUUCAUGACUUCCUCUCACUGUCGCCCAAACACGACCUCUCCCCAGGUGGAUCUCAAACUCGAUGGUGAGACCGUCCGUUUUACCAUUGACACUGGUGCUACCGUGUCUGUCAUUGUUUCGAACAGCUUGAAAAAGCGUUUGAGCACGGAAACGCUGUCCAAUUAA